AUGGCCUCUCAAGCUAUUCCUAAAGAUUUGUACACUUACACGAAUGAUGAAAGCUUGUAGUUGAUGAUUUAUGCAAUUAAAGGAAAUCAUGCUUGCAAAGACUAGAGAAAGAGUUUUAAUUUAUGCAGAUCUACUCCACUUGGAAAGUACGUAGAACCUGAAUUUUGUAAAGACAAUGCAUUGGCACUUGUUGAUUGCUUUUUGAAAGUACAAAGAAAUGCUAAAUGCAACCAAUCCUUUUAGAAGGUGUUCGACAUUGCUAAAACAGGGUAGUAUGCUUAAGAAAGUUUAGAGGACUAUUUGAAAUGCUGAUUAAUUUCAUAAAAUAAUAUCCAAAAAUAAUAACUUUGAGAA